AUGAUGUGGCUCCUCUCAGCUAUUGCUUUCAUUCCGGUUGUCUUUCUGUUAUUGACGUUGACAUCUAUUAUAUGGUCCGCAGAGGAACCUACCGAGGAGCUGGCCGACGCAGAGGUGCAGGGCGUCGGUGACGGCACGUUCGACGACAGCGAGUACGACGACAGCGAGUACGGCGGGGAUGAUUGGGAGGACGGGAGUGCCGGGGAGUACGACGACGCUGAUGAGGCGGACCUGGCUGAUGUCGUACAGCAAUUGGCGGAGAUGGCGACGCUAGGCAUGGGCUGUGAGGACGAGAUUUACCUGGACCCGCGUAAUCUACACGCCUUUUACGAACUGGAAUCGGCAUACUUUGAAGAGAUGCCGUUUCGUGUUCAGCUUUGAGAAUUUGCAUUUAGGCGAGGAGCUGAAGUGUGGAUUUAGAAGUCAAAAGUGAUACGAAUGACAAAGGACCGGAUCCCACCAGGAGCAGCCAAGCCACGACACCGUGAAGUUUGCGGCGGUGGAGGUAUCUUAGGACGUCACGUGAGGCAGUUAUUGGAGGUUGUUUGGGGCCUUGCUGGAAGCUUUGGUACUUGUUGGCUGGAUUGGGGCUGGCCCCCGGCCGCAGAAAAGGGGUCAGGACUUCGGGCAGUUGCUGCUCCGGCUAGCUGCUGGGGUUCCAGAGCUGGUUGUGGUUGGGAGCGAGGGGAAGCAAGGAAGGGAGACUGCUGAAGACAUGGCAGGGCAGGAACGUCUUUGGAUGAGCAAGGCAUCUUUUAGGUUUCAGAGGAAUAAUCGUGGAGUGCAAAAUGCAUGCUUAGUCAGGACAGGAUAAGAUCAAGGAUGGGAGCACAGGAGACAACACCUCAUCAAGGGGGAGAGAGGUAGAGGAGCUCAGCAGGAUGACCUGGCGAUGUACGGAUUCGGAGGGUACGAAAUGCAGCUGCUUUGGUACAGCACCGUACUGCUGGUGGCCCUUAAGAUGUUUAGUACGAUCUAAAAGGCUUAGAAACCAGGACUUUUGACGACCGUAUGGCUACGGCCCAGGACAAUUAGCCACCAAUGACACGCAAACAAGCUAACAGGGACCGUUGGGCCGGACUCGAACAGCGCCCAAAUAUCAGGAAAGGACUUCUCAAGUUGGCAUGCAGACCGCACCAGCGAGUCAGUCCGAUCCAUCAUGUAAAGCCACUCACACAUGGGUU